UGUCAGAGAUGCUGCAUGCCAUGACUACUGUCAAGUUGGCUUGCUGGGAGCAUCUAAUACGCAGAAAGAUUCUAAAUGCUCGGCAUUCUGAACUGAAUGCAUUGAGGGGACAGAAGUUGCUAGACGCCGUUUGUGUCUUCCUUUGGGCAGCUUGCCCAGCUUUGCUAGCUGGAUCAACAUUUGCGACCUUUGCCGCACUAGGCAAUGUUCUCGCACCAGCGAAUAUUUUCACCAGUCUUGCGCUUUUCAAUAUCCUCAUAGUUCCAAUGAAUGCCCUUCCAUGGGUCCUCAAUGGCGUUGUGGAAGCCUGGAUCUCUGCCGGCAGAAUAUGUCAGCUUUUCGACAGUAAUGAUGUGGCUGUAUAUUCAAUUAAUCCGGCAUUUAAUACCGAUGAUAACUUAAGGGAACGAUCUCUGAUUCAUGGACGUUCUGAUCUUGUACUAAAUUCCCCUUUCUUUUAUUGGGAAUCAGUUGAAAGUCCGGCACUUACUGAUAUAAAUGUAACAAUAUCAACGGUAAGCUGUGUCAACUUCUUUGUGUCUAGAACGAAAAUUCAGGGUCAGCUUAUUGGUGUCAUCGGUCCCAUAGCUUCGGGAAAGUCGUCUUUCCUUCUUGCCCUCAUGGGUGAAUUGCAAACACCUGUACCUCAGUCCGUACCUGCCCAACUUCGUUUUGCCUAUGUUGGAUCGACACCUUGGCUUCAAAAGGGUAGCAUUCGUGCAAAUAUCUUAUUCGGGGAACCUCUUGAGUCAAAUUGGUUGGCGGUCGUCAUCGAUGCUUGUGGAUUGUCAGAAGAUCUGGCCGAAAUGCCUAAGGGCUUGGACACUGAGGUUGGUGAGUCUGGAAGUCAACUUUCUGGUGGUCAGAAGGCUCGAGUGACUCUAGCCAGGGCCGUCUACCAGCGCGCCGACGUCUACCUCUUUGAUGAUCCUUUGGCUUCUUUGGACACUCACGUGGCUCACAGUAUCAUACAGAAGUGCAUUGGAAAACGCGGAAUUCUAGCUGACAAGACACGAAUCUUUGCGACGCACGAAUCUGGAUGGCUAUUCAAUGAGACUGACAAAAGUCUUGGUGGCCCUGCCGACCGAGUUAUCACGUUGUCUAAAGGUCGGAUUGUGCAUCAGUGGUCUUCGCAAAAUGGAUCCAAUUGGACUAUUAGCAACGAUACAGCAUAUCUCAUUUCGAAUGAUCAUGUCAGUUCGAUUCCCUUCCCUAGUUGUGUUGACACAAUUGAGAAUAGAAGCGAUCGGACAUCUUUGCUGUCUUCCUCGCCUGAAGAUGUCAAUAACCAAGUAGUUGAUUCAGCUGAAGACGACGGAUCAACAGAUUGGGAGAAGUUUGCUUUUGGAUCAAUUGCAUUACAGGUCUACCGGUCCUAUGCCCGUGCGUUGGGCUUCUGCCUUGCCUUAUGGGUACUGAUUUCUCUCACCCUAAUGCAAGCUAGUCGAAAUGCUCAGGAUUAUUGGCUGUCUUACUGGAUGGAGGCGAGCGAGGCGAAUGUUACUACACCGUCAGUGAAAUACGGGAGCUAUUUCUCCCUCCUUUUCUGUCAGUCUUACCUCAACUUGUUUGCAAAGCCAACAACUGCAAAUUCAACUGCGUUCUAUUUUACCGUUUACGGUGGAAUAAUUGGAGCUAACCUAAUUUUUACUAUGUUUCGAGCAGUUCUCUUCGCCUUUGCUGGUCUUCAAGCUGCAGCUACUAUUCAUCAACAAAUGCUGGAUGCAGUUCUUCAGUCAGACUGCAGCACUUGUCUAAGAUUCCAAUAUCCUCUGCACAAACAGGGUGAAAUGCACUUCUUCGAAACUACUCCUCUGGGCCUUAUUCUCAAUAGGUUCUCAUCUGAUGUGGGUAUCAUUGACGACAGCUUGCCUUUCCUUCUGAACAUUCUGCUGGCCAUAUUGUUUUCCCUUCUGGGUUACCUUGUCGUCACC